AUGGCGCUCAUUCAGGUUUUAGUGCUGGAUCAACAAAUGUCCAGCAACGUGUACGCGUGGCAAGAGAUCCUCCAUCGCCGAUGCCAGAGCGAGCUACAUGUGGUUAAACGGUCCAACGAGGAGGACGAUUGGACAACGCUGGUGUUGCGGGAUCUGCAAAGUUUAGGUGCCAAGGUGGGCCUAGUGGCCGUGCCUCAAUUCCAUUGGUGCGAUGGAGCGGCUCUGGAUCUGGUCGCCAUCAGUGAAUGCUGUCAGCAGUUGAACAUCCCUUUGGUGCUCGAUCUGACUCAGUCAGCGGGAGUAGUUCCUCUGGACUGGAAGCGCGUGCGGCCUAUGGCAGUGGCCGCCAGCAUCCACAAAUGGCUUCUGGGGCCGUAUGGCAUGUGUCUGGCCUGGCUGGAUCGUGAUUUUGCUCGCCACUUUGUUGCCAUGGAGGCCCAUGAGAAGCAUCGGGUUGGCGCCGAUGACGAAGCCUGGGACAAUAAUGGUCUCAUGACCACUGCCGGCUACCCGACUGCUGAGAUAGAGGGUAGCCAGCGCUUGGGCGUUGGAGGCGGUGUUGGGGUGGCAGCCUACAUUAAGGGCAGCGAAGCGCGUGCAAUCAGCAGUCGCCUUGACCCUCAUGAGCCCCUGCUGGCAGCUGCUGAGAAGGACGGCUGGGUCCGUCAGCGCCGCUCCAUCCGUUUUUCCUCGCCCAUCACCUCGUCAGACACAAGCCAUCAUGUGCACGGCGACCUGACCAUCGACUGCUACGCCAAUGGCAUCACCGGUGACAUUGACAAGAAGAACUUUACGCUUUUUGUGGCCCCUCCCUCCAUGGUCGCCUCGCGCAGCAUUUUCCUUGAGAUGGCCCCCUUUGUGAGCAACACUUUUGGAGUCACUGAAAUGCCCAGCUUUGGCGUGAACCAGAUUGACCUCCGUGCCUCCCAGCUUAACGCCGAAGUUAUGGAGCAUGGCCUCGAACAGACCCUCCGCACCUUGCAAAAGGAGGACCCCAAGCAUGAGGGCGCGUACGUCGUAGCUGCAGGUCACGCCGGCUUUUACGCUCUCAAGCUCGCGCAGCGCUGCCCGGAACUGUUCUCCUCUCUUGUCCUUCUGAACCCCACCUUCCGCGGCCCGCUCACGACAGCCGCCUUCAACAAGCAGGAGGAGGGUGAUACAAUCAGCGCCAUGGGCCUGGGCGCUUUGCGCCGCGCCCUGUGGGCCCUCAUGCGCAUCCCUUUCCUGGGUGAAGCACUGAACGCAGCCUCCAACAGUCCCGAGAACAUCAAAAAGCACCUCCUGUCCCAUGUCUACUCGGAUGAGGCGCACGUAACAGAAGAGGUGGUGGCCCUGAACGAAGAGUUUGCUCUGGCGGGUAACCACCUGCCCAAGGCCGCCUUCUUGACCGGUCAGCUGGACCCCCUCCGUGAGCGCGAGGAUUUGACGCCUCUUCUCGAGGGUGGCUUCAAGGUUCCGACGAUGAUCCUCUUGGGCCAUGACUCGCCCGCGAGCGUCAAAGCCGAUGUACAGCCCUUGUUUGUCAAGGCUGAUGAGCGCGCGCAGACGGGUGAAGGGGAGCGUAGCAUUGGCGUGGACACGCCUGGAGCUCUCCGCUCCUUUGUUGAGUACCCAUCCCUGGUCGGCAAUUUGGUCCGCGCCCACAUUCAGCAAUAUUGCUGAUCCAUCAUUGCCGAGUCGCCUCCGUCCCUCUCCCUGGGUGUCACCUGUCGCUUCCCCCUCCCUCCUUCUCUCUCUCCCUCCCUCUCUCUCUUUCUCUCUCUCGCUCUCUUCCAGUUUGUUUCAGGUGCAUGCCCCAUUCCCCCAAUGCUCUCAAUGCUCUGUAACUUUUGCUUGGAUUUGUAUUGUUUAAUGUUUUGCUCGUCUCUUGUCCUGGGCCCAGCGCCCUUGUGUCUGGGCAUCUUGUGACCCGUGUUGCUUGAUGUCGACCGUUGACCAUUGCCUGCCCUCUUCACCGCCACCCAUAAAAUUGUUCACCUGCAGUUUCUCCCGUUCCCCCUUUGCUUCGCUCAUUUUCUUUUUUUCUUUUUUUUUUUUUUAAAAAUCCGCUUCGGAAAUUGAGGUCGGAAGG